UUUAAACACGAAAAUUAAUAUAUUACUUUUUUAGACAUGAGGCUGCAUCUUGACAAUGAGUACAACGUCUUUAAUACAAUGGCAGUGCACACCUAGAGAAGAGAGAAAAUGAAUACAGAUUGCCACAGCAGUUUGCACAUUCUUGCCAACCAACUUUGUGACACAUACUGCAGAGAUGGACGCAAGGCUUUUCUGGUCCAGCCACGCCUGUCAAAGGCAACCCUAAAAAGAAGGCUACGCAAAAAGUUUUAUGAAACUCUUUUCAAACACCAAAAGGGUCCUCACAGGUCACCACUGACCGGUUCGGGACCGCUGAACCCAGACUUGACACCAUGUGAACUGACCUGUGUUGAGCAGGUGUAUGUGUAUGCCUACAACUUGAGAUGCCAGAGGAAAUUUGACCAGGCCAACAGAUUGGAGGACCUGGUGAAGAAAUUACUAGAAAAUGCGGGAGAAGAAGAGCAGCAGCAUGCCAAUGCAGUACUGAUAUUUCUAUUAGCCCUGUCCAACAGUGUCCAGAGCUCAAAUCCACCUGUGCUAGGCCAUGGUGACCAGAAGUUACCUAUAGUGUACAUCAGCAAGGAAAGUGAGGCCAGAGUUCUCCCUGUUGGACCCUCAGUGUAUGGGGACAGCAGGCUACCACAGCAGGGUACCACAACUUACAUGCAAUAUCCAAGGUGGGUAUUUGAGGAAGCAUUGCCAGUGCAGCCACCUCUUCUACCUUUGGACACAGGUCUGACAUUGAACACCGAGGUGUUCCAUGCAACUCCAGGAAGUCAGUUACCAGGAAAUGGUCUCUUCAGGCCAAAGAGUAUUCUGGAAGACAGCUAUGAGAGAAAUCGCCAGUUCACCUUGUUUGGGGGCUUGGUCAGUGGUGGCCGGUCAUCUUCCCUGGACAUCAAGCUAGAGGUUCCAGAGUUGAGAGAAGACAGUAUGCCUGAAAUUCGAAUCCCCAAAAUACCCAAAGUACAAGAGGUUUCACAAACAUCAGAAGACGAGGGUUUUAUGGAAGGUAGCACACCAUCUUCAGAAGUAGCAUCAUCACCAGUUUCUACACAAGAUGGAGCCACCAUAUGGGAACUGGCAUUAAAGUACACUAGAAAUAGGCAUUACACUUGGGAGAAUGUAGGAAAAGAACCUGGUCCCACUGAGAGACCCUACAUCACUGAGGCAGGAUCACAGGCAUUUGACCAGCUUAAUGACACACGCAUGCAACAGUUGUCAUUGGUGGAUGCCAAAUUCAAACUACCAACCAAAAGGCUGGUUACACAGAGGCUAUUGGUCAAAGAUGUGUUGAAUCUUUUAAUUGGUUUGCCUUCGCAUACGUUUCUUUUUGAUGAGGCACUCCAGACUUUCACAAUGAAAGAAGGCACAUAUUUAUCAGGAACCUCUCCAGAAGGAAUACAGACUUUGUGCAGUAGUUUCUUGGAGUGUGGCUCCCUCUACAGUAGAUUGAGCACAUUUUCUCUGCCACCUGUUGUGAAUUCCCUGUACACAGCUGGACUCAUAUUCCAGGCUUUCACUGAGGCUGUUAGAAAGUAUCUUCAGCACUAUCGUGAUGUUGUCUUAAGUGUUCCCGAGGGCAUGACGCUGCUGGAACUGAAGGUUUUAUUUCAUAAAGUUAUUAUGCAGAUGAGGUACUUGGGAGCACUAUGCAGAUGUGACACUGGAGGAAAUAGUGAAGAAGAAUUUCCCACUGGAAUCCAGCUCCUGUCUUACCUGUACCAGGAAGCACUGAAUGCUGUCAAUUCAGACAACUACCCCAUGCUGCUGUCUCUACUGUGUACUACUGCUGGACCUUAUCUUAUUUUUGUCCAAGGCUGGGUAUUCGAGGGAGUGUGCAGAGACAUCUAUGGAGAGUUACAAAUACGAGUCAGUGGAGAAUAUCUACAGCGCAGGGAUCGUAGUUACUGGACCAAAGGCUACCAGUUGUUGGCUGCUGAGACAACCUCCUCUGUGCCAUUGUUUCUCACUGAUCUGGCCAAUGACAUCUUUGUGUGUGGAAAGUCUAUCAAUCUGCUCAAGCUGUGUUGUCCAGAGCACUUUAUGUGUAACAUAGAUGUCCCCAUCCCGCGAUUAAUGAUCACUUUCUCAGAGGAAGAGCUGAGCAGCAUAGAACAGAGGUGCCAGAUCUAUGUGAACAUGGUGGAGAUGAGGGCAAGGCAGAUACUGAUGACUAGGGAGCAGAUGCUGGAGCGUGUAGUGCAAGCCAGGCAGGAUUUGGUACAAAGAGCGCGACAGGCACAGGUACGGGAGAUGGACAGAUUGAAAGCCAGAAUUGAAGAAAUAAGAAAAGCAGAAGAUAUAAAAAAGAGAAAACAGUUUAGAGAAUUGAAGGAACAAAUGGAGAAAGAUUUGAGAAGGCGAGCCAUGGAGGUUGAACAGGAGAAACAAGAGGAUCGGGACAGAAUAGAUGCUCAGUUGAGGAAGGAGGAGGAGGCCGCAGAAGCUGAAGCUGCUUUGGAGGAGAGAGCAAGGGAGGAAUUAGUAGAAUACUACCAGAAGCUAACAGAGGAGGCAGCGUUUAGAGAGCAGAAGGCACUGUGGCGUGUACGCAGGAGACAGCUGGAUCUAGCCAGGCAGACUUUCCUACAACAAGAUGAGGAUAGGUGGAGUGCAGAAAUGAGGAAGAAACAAGGCAGUGUGGGUGAUUCUAUGGCAAUACCAGUAGUGCCAUCUACAGACCAGACCCAACUGGAUGUGAGUAUGCCCACACUUGAGGGUCCCACAACAACAGAUGGCGCCACAAACCUCAUGGACUUAUCUUUAAGGCAUUUGACUGCUCCUUCAAAUCUUCCAAGAGUAACAAUCCCUGCCCUUCCUGAUGCUGUGGAUUCCUGGGACGAAACACAAGUCUCUCGGGGGACAGCUGUAGAUGGGAGAAUACCCACAGGAGAUCUGUUGAAUGUAUCACAUAUAGAUCCACCUCAGACUCAAAGCCAUACAUCAGGACAGGACAGGAAUUUGUUGGACAUGUCUAUUGGAGUGCUUCCAAAGUGGGCCCAGAAAGGGGUGUCUGAAGCUGAAGGGGGAUCAGAUGGGAAAAAGCAGGCUAAGGAUGAAAAGAAAUUUGAUCCAGAAGGAAAGGAGCUCCCUACCUGGGCCUCUGAGGGUCUGAAAAGACCUCUGGUGCCUGCCUUUGGUUUAGAUACAUACUCUUCCACUGAUCUACCAGGGUGGGCACGCAAUCCUGAGGGAAAGUUGGUUGAAAUUGAUGAUAUCGACCUAAAUUUUAGAUCAUCAGUGACUCCGUCAGCUUUGUCCGGGCAGGAGACUGGAUCAAAAGUCACCUCUAAUUUGACACAAGAGGCCGCUGCAGGCACAGAUGACAUUAUUACUACAGACUCAAAAGUGAAAGAGGGAGAACAAGCUGAUUCUGCUCAAAAACCAGGAAAAGAUGUGAUUGAUUCUGCUCAAAGAGAAGAGGUUUUAUCAAAGUCAUCUGAUGAUACCCAGAAAGUAAAGCAAGUUUCUGUAGCUCAUCCUAGCAGGGAGACAGAAGACACCACUGACGGGGUGAAAGUUCACAGAAAACCCGUCGCAGGGAUGCAUGCUGGGAAGGAAUCUGCAGAAUCCAUUUCAGUUAUCCAAACAAGGCACAAGAAAAUGGUUGAAGGAUCCCACGUGGGACAGCAAUCUGAACCUGACAUAAAAAAGUCCAUCUCCGGCCUACGUUUAAGUGAACACAUGCAUGCUGGGAAGGAAUCUGAGCCACAGGAAUCCGUGAUAAAGAAGCAAAGUGCUUUUGGUCACGUUUCAGAAACAUCGAGUGAGGAGAAGAGAAUGUUUCCGAGAAUGAAGAGAAGAGACGGGUACAGUGCUUUAAUGGAGUCUCUGGACACGAGUUUUCAGGUAAAACCCAAGCCACAUCUCAAGUUUAGGAAAGACUUACAUGCAUCAUCUGAAUCAGACUCGCAAAAAGACGUGGAUCAAGCUCGUCGUGAAAAGUUUAAGGAAAUCAACGUGCAUGGGCAUGUCUCGCAAGAAACCAUGACCAAGGAUGAUGACGAAGAGAAACGACAAAGAAAAUUCCUUGAGAGAAAUGUGCACGGACAUUCUAGCGUUGAGUCCCAAUAUGUUGAUACAGAUGAGUUACGGAGGAAAAGAUUCCAGGAAAUGAAUGUCAAAGGUCAUGCCUCUGAUUCUUCGGUUCAGAGGCUGCUGUAUGGAGAGGAGUAUAUGAGACUGGGAAAAGUAACUGAAGAAGGAGAAGAGGAUGUGGUCACUUCAGAACAGGUGGACAGAGAGGAGCCAAUCUGGACAGACUUGCUGACCACUGAGCCGUACAAAAGCAGCUUCCCUGAGUUUGUUGAGACUCCACGUGUAGACCUCAUGGCUAACAUUAUCGAGGAUCCAUUGAGCCAAGGGGAUUAUGGGAAAAGCAUCACUGAUGACAUCACAGCGGCUAAUUUUAUGUCACUGCCUGUCUUACUGAAGAGAGCUGUCACAGCACCUUUGAUGGCCCAAAUCUCCUUGGUGAACAGGAGUGUGGUCAACUACCUAAUGGUGGACUUGAAAAUAGACCAGCAUUUUGAGGCCCUGAGACGCUUCUUGUUUAUGGAGGACGGAGAGUUUGCUCAGACGCUUAGUGAUCAGCUUUGUGAAAAGCUUGCCAUGAACCCCAUGCCCCAUGAAAUGUUGAACCCGGUGUUUUUGAACAAUGUGCUGAAUAGAGCCCUGAGGUACUCCAUCCACAGAGAGACUGAAGCAGCCAAGAAUAUUAGCUUUGCUGUCAAAUUUCUACCAUUGGUGCUGCAACAAAAUGCUGCUGACACCUUAGACUGCCUAGAGUUAAGAUACAAGGUGGAUUGGCCUCUGAAUAUCAUAAUCACUGACACCUCUCUGAACAAGUACAGCAAGGUGUUUUCCUUCCUCCUACAAUUGAAGAGGAUUGUGUGGGCGUUGAAGGACAUCUGGCACAGAUUAAAGAGAGAUGCCUCACAGAACAACGCUGCCAACGCCCCACUGUUCCGCCAGCUGCAGUUGUUCCGUCAUGAGAUGCAGCAUUUUGUGCGUGUAAUGCAGGGCUAUAUCUCCAACCAGUUGAUCCACGUUGGCUGGCUAGAGCUACAGGAGAGCUUGAAGACCAGGGUCCACAACCUGGAUGACCUUCAUCAUGUCCACGGGGAGUACAUCAAUAAUGCUGUAUUCAGGAGAAUAUUUCCACUUGAGCACAAUUCCUUGUCCCGUUUUCAACAGCACAGAAUCGGGAACUAUGCUGUUUCCCACGAUCAGGGAUGGGUCCAUGUUGAGGCGGGUUGUCUCGGCGAUGUCCGCCUCCGCAGUUUGGAUAUAAGACUCGAGACUCCACGUGUAGACCUCAUGGCUAACAUUAUCGAGGAUCCACUGAGCCAAGGGGAUUAUGGGAAAAGCAUCACUGAUGACAUCACAGCAGCUAAUUACAUGUCACUUCCUGUCUUACUGAAGAGAGCUGUCACAGCACCUUUGAUGGCUCAAAUCUCCUUGGUGAACAGAAGUGUGGUCAACUACCUGAUGGUGGACUUGAAAAUAGACCAGCAUUUUGAGGCCCUGAGACGCUUCUUGUUCAUGGAGGACGGAGAGUUUGCUCAGACGCUGAGUGAUCAGCUUUGUGAAAAGCUUGCCAUGAACCCCAUGCCCCAUGAAAUGUUGAACCCAGUGUUUCUGAAUAACGUGCUGAAUAGAGCCCUAAGGUACUCCAUCCACAGAGAGACUGAGGCAGCCAAGAAUAUCAGCUUUGCUGUUAAAUUUCUACCAUUGGUGCUUCAACAAAAUGCUGCUGAUACUUUAGACUGCCUAGAGCUAAGAUACAAGGUGGAUUGGCCUCUGAAUAUUAUAAUCACUGAUACCUCCCUGAACAAGUACAGCAAGGUGUUUUCCUUCCUACUGCAACUGAAGAGGAUUGUGUGGGCAUUGAAGGACAUCUGGCACAGAUUGAAGAGAGAUGCCUCACAGAACAACGCUGCCAACGCCCCACUGUUCCGCCAGCUGCAGUUGUUCCGUCAUGAGAUGCAGCAUUUUGUGCGUGUAAUGCAGGGCUACAUCUCCAACCAGUUGAUCCACGUUGGCUGGCUAGAGCUACAGGAGAGCUUGAAGACCAGGGUCCACAACUUGGAUGAUCUUCAUCAUGUCCAUGGGGAGUACAUCAAUAAUGCUGUAUUCAGCCCUUGA